AUAAAAUAAUAAAUAAAAAUAUGAGUUAUGAAACCAGAGUAAUAAUGAAUUAUUAGUUUAAUACUUGUGACAUUAUAGGAAGAGGGUUCAGUUCUAUUGUUUAUAAAGGGAUGAACACAAUAACAAAAGAAAAUGUAGCAAUUAAAGUAAUGGUUUUUUUAUUUAUUGCUUUAGGUUAUUAAAAGAUAGUUCUCAGAUCAAUUGCCAGUUAUUUAAAAUGAAAUAUAAAUCCUAUCGAAAUUACAAGGACGUAAUAUAUUGAAGUUUUAUGACCAUUUCAUGAGUCAAAACAAUAUAUACAUCAUCACUGAAUACUGUAGGUAAGGCGAUCUGGCAUAGAAACUCAAAUAAUUUGGAUAUUUGAAGUAGGAAUAUGCUGUAGCUAUUAUUCGAUAGGUCAUAGAUGGUAUUAAUGUGAUGGCUUAACAAAGUAUUCUAAAUUAUCAUAUGAGAUAUCAUACAUAGAGACUUAAAACCCUAGAACAUCUUAAUUAAUGAAGAUGGCAUUAAAAUUGCAGAUUUUGGUUUCGCAAAGCCCUUAAAUCAAUUAUAAAAUGAAAUGAAUGUUGGAACUCCUCUUUACAUGAGUCCAGAAACCAUUAUUAAAUCUUAAUAUAAUGCUAAAAGUGAUAUAUGGAGUCUAGGAGUCCUCUUUUAUGAAAUUCUAUUUGGAAGACCACCUUGGUAGGCUUAGACAGAACAAGAAUUGAUUUUUAAAAUGCUAAAUUAACGCAUUUCUUUUCCAGAUCUUCCACCUGUGACAGAAACAGUUAAAGACUUUAUUAAAUAAUGUCUUAUUGUUGAUCCAUAUUUAAGAUUAGGAAUAACAGACCUCAUCAAACAUCCUUUAAUUCGAAAACCUACAAAAAAAAUAGAAAAAUUUAUAAGACCAACUGAAACUGAGAGCACUUAUUAAACUAUUAAAUCUGAAAUUCCAAACAGUUCAGAACCAUGGACUCACAAUAAUUCUAAUAAAAAAUUAGUUUAUGUUAAUUGUAAGAAUCCUUAAGUUAAUGCAAUUCUUAAUAAAUAUUUAAAUACAAAAAACAAUUAAGUUACUAAUAACAAGUCUAAUUCUAAAAAUUAAUCUUUGUUUGAUGAAAUUUAAUUAAUUUUGUAAAGUCAAUUCUCUUUGUGUAUAUUUCUUAAUAAUAUAAUAUCUAAAUUAAGGGAUUUUAAAUUAGCAACACCUUUAUUAAAUGAAAAAUGUAGGAUUAUUUUUUCAAAGCAUUUGCAAAAUAUCAAGGAUACAAUUUACAAACAAUUAAUAGAGAGCGACAAUAAGUUUAAAUUUAAGGAUUGGUAAUUAUUUUGCAAAGAAAAUGCUUAUAGUAGAUUUAGCGCUAAAUUUAUAUUAGAAAAUAAUUAGUUUACAAAGACAUGUUAGGAAUAUAAUUAAAUGAUAAAAUCAAAUAAAUAAUUAAUAAUUGAGUAUUAAAAAUAUGAUUCAGAAUUCUAUUAAAUUUUGUUUGGAUUGGAGUGGAAGGUUAUUAAAAAGAUAAUGAGAAAUUUAAUAAUAGAAUUUAAUCAUAUAAUUGCUUUAAAUAUUGAUACAAGCAAUUUAAGUAAUAAAAUCAGCAAAUCAUAAUAGAUUGAGAUUUCGCUAUUACAAUAAUUAUAUUAUUAUUUUGAAAUUGUUGAUAAGUAUUAUUUGAAAGAAUUUGAUGAGAAGAGAUUUGCUCAAGAAUCAAAAAUAUAAUAGUACUUGGUAGUAAAGGAAUUCAGAAUAUCUGACUACUUAGAAAUAAGAUAACUAGUAAAGAGGUUAAUGAAAUCAUGAAAUAUAAAUAUAUUUCAUAAUUUUUGUAAUAAAAUAUGAAAAC